UUGACCAGUGGAUAUCUAUAUCGGGUGCCGCGUUGGACGUGUUUGCCGUGGUUAUCCAUUAUGUUGGCUCGCGGAUGGGGUUAGAGAGCUCUGGGGGGCUCUCUCCGUCGCUGUCUUUCUCGACCUGGUGCUGAGGCCGAGGUGUUUCCCCUUGUGAGGAGCGAGCAAGCGGCAGAGAAAACCCAACUCGUCCCGUCAGAAAGCGACUUGAGAGAGCAGAGGAAGGGCAUGGGGGUGUCCACCUCACCGCCCCAGCUGCUUCUGCUGCUGCUGCUGCUGCUGUCCACGCUGCUGGUGCCAUGCGCACCGUCGGUCGUGGAGGAACAUCACCUGUCCGCAAUGCAUGGCUCGCUGAGGUCGUCCGGCUACCCGAAGCCGUACCCGAACGAGGCCCGGCAGACGUGGCGCAUCUCCGUGCCGUCCGGAUACCGCGUGCGCCUGCACUUCACGUUUUUCGACGUGGAGACGUCGUUUGGCUGCGAGUACGACUACAUCAAGGUGGAGGUGACCAAUGAGAUCCUGGGCCAGUUCUGCGGGCGACAAAACGGGAACACAGCACCCAAGGCCGAGCCCAUGGUGACCCCGGGGAACGUGGUCGACAUCACCUUCGUGUCGGACUUCUCCAACGACGAGCGCUACACGGGCUUCGAGGUCUACUUCACCGCCGUGGACAUCGAUGAGUGCGAGGAAUACGCUCGCGUCGACGAGCUGGCGUGCGACCACAACUGCUUCAACUACCCCGGUGGUUACCAGUGCUCCUGCCAGUACGGCUACGUUCUGGCAGACGACAAUCGCUCCUGCACAGUGGAGUGCAGCAACCACGUGUUCACAGAGCGGCAGGGCGAGUUGUCAAGCCCCGACUUCCCCAGGCCCUACCCCAGGGCCUUGCAGUGCAAGUUCACGCUGCGUCUGGAGGAGGGCUUCGUGUUCAGCCUCGCCUUCCAGGAGCCCUUCGACGUGGAGACCCACAAUGAGAUCGACACCUGCCCCUACGACAGCCUGACGAUUCGCUCGGGCGGCGAGGAGUGGGGGCCGCUAUGUGGGACGACCCUGCCCGACCCCAUCGAGACCAGGGGCUUCGAGGUCGAGGUCGUCUUUCGCAGCGACACGUCUGGACAGAACAAGGGCUGGAACUUACACUACACUGCUAAGAGUCUUCCGUGCUCUCAUGUGACGGCACCAGUGCAUGGCUCCAUCGAACCAGUGCAGGCCACUUACUCCUUCAAGGACAGGGUGGUGUUCUCAUGCGACAUCGGCUACAGGCUGAUCCAGCAGGAAGAUGGCAAGGAGGUGCCAGCGACUUUGCAAGUGGAAUGUCAGAAAGACGGCACGUGGAGCAGGGAGCCCCCCACUUGUCGCAUUGUCGACUGCGGGAAACCGGCCCAGCCCAACAAAGGCUUUUGCGAUUCGCCAGACGUCACCACCUACAAGAGUGAAACAGAUUGCGGAUGCAUCGAUGCCUAUCACUUUACCACGGAAAUGAACGGUGUGUUCACCUGUAACGAGAGUGGGCACUGGACCGACCCUCGCAGUGGAGAGAAAGUCCCAAAGUGUGAACCCGUGUGCGGGGAGCCCAAGCACGUGAUAAUGGAGUUGUUGCGCAUCGUCGGCGGCCGCUCUGCGAGACCGGGGAACUUCCCGUGGCAGGUGCUCGUGAAGUUCAUGUCGGGAAGGAUGCUCGGCGGCGGCGGCGCGCUGCUCGGGGACCGCUGGGUGCUCACGGCGGCGCACGUCGUGGCGGACUACGCCGCCAACGAAACCACCGUCAUCCUGGGGUCCAUGAAGAGGGUGUCGCUCAAAGACAACCCGUUGGGAUCAACACAGCAGUAUACCGUGGACAAGAUAAUCAGCCACCCUGGCUACGAUCCAUUAUCGACGGGCUAUGACAACGACAUAGCGCUCAUCCGGCUGGCCGGCGACGCCGUGACCAUGACGGACAGCGUGAGGCCGAUUUGCCUCCCGACGGUCGAGGGCGGCAGGGUGAACCCCAAGCUUUCGCCCAACGACGUGGCCUUCGUGUCGGGCUGGGGUCGCACGGCGGGCACCCUCGGCGCGAGGUUGGCGGACACCCUGCAGUACGUCGACCUGCCCGUCGUGCCGCAGGCCGAGUGCGAGAGGGCCAACGCCGGCAAGUGGAUCGCGGAGCUCAACGCGAACUCGACGGUCACGGAGAACAUGUUCUGCGCCGGGUAUUCCGAGGGCGGCAAGGACUCUUGCCAGGGCGACAGCGGCGGACCCAUCGUCGUCGUCCAGGACAACAAGUGGUUCACGGUCGGCGUGGUGUCCUGGGGAAUGGGAUGCGCCAAGCCUGGCUUCUACGGCGUCUACACCCGCGUCGACAAGUACCUGGACUGGCUGCGCGACGAGAUGGAGAAGAACGCCGUGAAGUCGGACUACUAGCGGGCCCCACGAUCACGACGCGCGUUUGUCAGUGUCGUCGUGUUAAUUACGUCCCGUGCAUUUGCGGAGUGAUACGUGGAAUUUGAUUAUUCCACGCGGGCAUGUGUGUUUCCCGAUCCACGCGUUGCUCUUUCUGCGUCUCGGUUUAAUUCACAGCACGCACCUCUCCGCGCUUUCAUCAUUCAUGUGCAUCACGAUCUUCCCGCUGUUGCGUGAAGAUCAGCGUUGUGUCUCUGACACGUGUAUUAUUCAUGAGGAUGAUAAUUAUCGCUGCUGAUACAGCACUUCCCAUCUCGCGAUGGCGCGCCAUGGUACGGUGCCUUACAAAUUGUCAUUGUUAUUAUUAAGUUGUCCCAGAAUGCUUUGCAAUCGAAAAAGUGCGAAACGUGUAAGUCAAUAACUGUGUAUAUCACUUUACGAAAGAAUCAAAGAAUAAUUCCUGCAGUCACGAAAGCUCCAAAAUUAAGAAUCAAUAACUGUGAAUUCAAGCAUCAAUAAUUGGCCAUCACUCAUCCACUGCUGGAUUAAGACAUCCCCCACGUCAUCCAUCAUCACGGUCCGGCGAUGUCGCAAUUCAUCUCCGGCGCACGAGCGGGAAUUCUUUAUUGCCUUGCAAGGUCAAACGUGAGUCGGAUGCCCCCCCCCCCAGCACCCCCAGCGCCUUCACCAACCGUGGCCUCUGCCAGCCUAGGGCGACCCUUGCCACAUAGCAGCAGAGCCGGUAUCCGAACCCGCGUAGUCUCCUCGCAGCCCACGCGCAUGAAGGCCUCCUGAGCGCUAAAGUUUGACGUCGAAAAUAAAAUCAUUCCGUUGACAAGUGCGUGUUUGGAAAGCGUUCGUGCGCCGUCCAUGCGUGCGCGCGAUGUUUUUUUUGUUUUGUUUUCUUCUUCUUCCUCGGCGAACGCUGUUCCACGAUACGACAGCAAGGGGCUUACAUUGUGCCGUUCGGUGCUGCACUCAGCCGUAGUAAUAACGUGCGUUUGGUGAUGUCAAAUUGCUUGCUGGAUGAAGUCUCCCCACCCCCACCUCGGCCUGUCAGCCAUGACAGUUGUUUGACCAUACUUCGCCACACUCGUCAGUGUCUGGUUAAGUUAAGGGAGGGCGGGGGCUAGGAACAGUUCAGAAAGCAAUCGGCUGCUCGCAUCAGCCGUGGCCAAACUUGUGUCUGGCUUUCGGGGGUUUAUUGCGUGCGGUGUACUAACCAGUGUGCCACCACUCCCAUAUUUUUUGCAGUGUCAUAAAUGUUCUGGCCGAUCUAAUGCCCGUGCAACUACUGGACACGCCGCGGGUUUAAAGCCAUUCCGUAGCUACCAGCAGCAAUUCGCAGUGAGCAGUCAUAAAUAAAACAACCACUAAAAGGUGUGAGAGAGAGAUGAAAAUGUAAAGGUGCUGCCCUGCGAUUACCUCCUCACACCACUGCUGGUUCUGGAGCAGCAGUAGUUCUCAACAUUGUUGUAGUUAAAUUUCGAUUUAAAGCUUUCGUGACUGCAGGGAUUCACCUUCUUGGUUCUUUCGGUAAUAAAAAUAAAACAUAAUAAAAUAUUUUAUUACGUUUUAUUUUUAUUAUUUUAUUUCAUUCUUCCUACGUGACUUUACCGAAAGAACCAAGAAGAUUGUUGUAGUUCUCGACAUUGUUGUUGCUACUGCUGUUACACCCUUCCCCCUCCCCCCUUGUUGAAUGUUGUUUCAAUCGAGUGACCCAACAUGGUUCUGAGAAAUAAAUGUACGAAUAAAUGAACGCGGAUUUUUUUUUUUACCAAUUUUUUUUUUCAUUUCGUCAGGUAUCCUAAUUAGCUGAGUAACUGCAAGUGAAUCAAAAUAAACAAAAUAUAAAUUUCAACGGAAGCUCUGCACGCGUGAAGUAAUUCUAUCACGCUCGCUGAUUGAUCUCAGAAACCCGCGUUGUUUACGAUCCACCAGGUUAACGUAUGGAUUUAAAAUGUAUCGUAGUUAUUUUAUAUUGACAGAUUUUUCACCAAUGACUCUCACGCACGAUAUUAUUUCGUACGUUCAUUAAUCACCUCACGCCUACCUCCCUCGGUUGAGAACCACUGCUCUGGAAGGCCCCCUCUCCCAUGCCAGUAUUUAUUCAAAUAUAACAAUAGGUUUUACCGUUGCUGGCAAUGAAACAGUUGUGUCAAGAUGUCAAACACCAAACAGAAUCCUUAUCCAAGGAAUCCUGUCUGCAUUAACCACACAUAGUAAUUGUUGUGAACAUGCAAACAAAUAAAAAAAAUCUCUGAUUAUUCUAUAUGAUGCAUUGUCAAAGCUGUCUCUGGUGUGGACCAAUCAGUUUCAAAGACAAUGCAUCAAUUUAUUAUCAGAGCAUUUUUUAUUUGUUUGCAUGUUCACCACAAGUAUGUGUGGUGAAUGCAGACAGGAUUCCUUGAUUAAGGAUUCCUGUUUGGUGUUUAAACAUCUUGACACAACUGUUUUAUUGCCAGCAAGGAUACAACCAUAUUGUUAUAUACUGGCUACGUGUCUUAAAAGAGGCGGGCGUGCCCACACUCCACCUCCUGGUCGACUAACUGUGGCGUGCUCAUUCGGCUGCUUGUUGGACAGAGGCGGUGAUGAUUCAAGGAUCUAUUCCCGCUGCCAGGCCGGGAAAUCAAACUUGACAACCUAUGGAUUGCAUGUCCAGUAUGCUAAGCAUUGCACCACGUCAGCUUAACGGUAUACAUAUGUUCACGGGCAGUUUAGGGGGAAAUUGCGUACGCCUGUGCACGCAUUCCCUGGUAGGCGAAUAGCUUUUAAAGCCUGAAGUAUGGCCAUAAUAACUUGAAAUUUAGCAAUUUCAAUUUCUUAUAUUUGCCCUUUGUUCGUGCUUUUGCGUGAAUUGUUUGUGUUGUUAUGCCCAGGCUUUCUUGCCGUCGAGUGGAUGAUUGUUGAUUUUCAUUUCGUCUCAAAGUGAAUUACGUGUUGGUGAUGAAUGCAAGUGGCACUUUUUGCAGAUGACGCGCACAUUUGUGUACGUGGGAUUGGAGUGGUGGUGGGGGGGGAGGAGAAGUUUGCAGAAAUUUAGCAAAACAGCGGGAAGCGAGCAAAUAGCUUUCGGAAAAGCGAAUGGCCAUCAUGCACAUUUUAAAUAGCAUGCGCGUGGUGCGUAAGUGGCAAGUCCGGGUCACGUGACGUGGCGACACUGCAAUACAUGUACGAUGUAAACAAGCACAACAUCGCGAUUAUUAUUGUUACUCAUUUUACCUCGUGAA